AUGAUACCCUGUUUUGAACAAUGGCUAAAUUGGCUUUUGUGGCAUUUCCUAUCAAAUAACACUUUUCAUUAUUAUAAGCGUAAGUAUGUAACUACUACUACUACUACUACUACUACUACUACUACUACUACUACUACUACUACUACUACUACUACUACUACUACUACUACUACUACUAGUACUACUACUGCUACUACUACUACUAGUACUACUACUGCUACUACUACUACUACUACUACUACUACUGUUACUACUGUUACUACUACUACUACUACUACUACUACUACUACUACUACUGUUACUACGACUACUACUACUACUACUGUUACUACUACUACUACUGUUACUACUACUACUACUACUACUACUACUACUACUACUACUAUAAGUACCACUACUAUUACUAUUAUUAUUACAUCAUCUGUCGAACAAGAAACAAUAGAAAACAAUUCAACAACAUUAUUCAACUUAAUAAUCAUCAUCCAUAAUCUAAGUAACAAUAACCAACACUUUCCCAACUAUUUAAUGAAUUACAUUCAAUAUCAAUGUCAAUUUUGUUUUAACGCAUUUAAUGUAUCAUUGUUUGUUUUUUAA